GAACAGCUGGUGGUGUUGAGACUGAAGCUUUCAGUACAGGUGCUGCUGGACGUCCAGAUUCCACGACCCUGCAUGGUGGCACCAUAGGCAGCACCAGAGUGGGCCCCACCUUCACCAGCCCUGGGCGCAAAGCAGGUACCUCCAGGGAAGUAUUUGAAACAACCACUGCUCCUGGAAUUUCUACGACAGGGUGUCCACCAUCACAUCCACCACCUCCAGUUUGUCAUGGUCCACUGGGAGAAGAGAAAUCUCCUGGAGAGGAAUGGACUGCCAAUUGUUACACAUGCGCCUGUACUGAUGCAAAUACUGUGGACUGUAACCUCAAGGAGUGCCCUUCUGCACCCACAUGCAAAACUGGAGAGAGACUUGUAAAGUUCCGAGAUAAUGACACCUGCUGUGAAAUCGGAUAUUGUGAACCAAGAACAUGUUUGUUUAACAGUAUUGAUUAUGAGAUUGGUGCUUCAUUUAAUGAUCCCAACAACCCAUGCAUCUCCUAUUCCUGCUACGACACUGGUUUCGUUGCAGUGGUCCAAGACUGCCCAAAGCAGACCUGGUGUCCAGAAGAAGACAGAGUCUAUGAUUCAAAAAAAUGUUGCUAUACAUGUAAGACUAAUUGUAGAUCUUCACCUGUGAAUGUGACUAUUAAGUACAAUGGUUGCCAGAAAAGAAUCAAGAUGACAAGAUGUCUAGGGGAAUGCAAGAAGACUGUCCAGUACAAUUAUACACUCUUUAAGUUGACAAAUUCAUGCCUUUGCUGCCGAGAAGAUAACUACGAGUUCCGAGAAGUUGUUCUUAACUGUCCUGAUGGCAGUACAAUACCCUACAAGUAUAGGCAUGUCACAACAUGUUCUUGCUCAGACAUAUGCCAACAAUCUGUAACCCCACCAGUUAGUUAACACUAUUAUAACCUUUCCAGGUAGAACAGGCCAGCUAUUUAUUUUAUAAAUGAACAAAAAUGAUCACUAAAUAGAAUAACUAAACAUUUGUAUCUCACUCAAAAAGUGAGUUCUCAUUAUGAGGCAUUUUGUUCUCUUGUUGACUGGAUCUGAAA